CCUUGUUGGCAACAACUGUGAAGGUGCCUCUCCAACUCAACUUUCUAACAGAAGCACACCAGCUCUUUUUCUAUUCCUAUGCAGUGGGAACCUUCCUGAGUAUGAUAUCUCUGUCCUAGUAUACAACAAUUGGCUAUUUCUAACAGAGGCUGCAUUGACUUAGUCCUGACAAUUGGGCACGGUGGUUAUCCAAUGUCACAGAUCCAGCACUGGCAACUUACUUUCAUGCUCAAGGUAAGUGCGGACCCCGUAGUCAUAGUUAUUCAUACUGACUAGUAGAUGAAGUGGGCUUAUUACCUUCGAUUGUCUUAUGCCAUAGGCCUAGGCUUGGUCAAAUGCAGCGUCUUGAUGGCCCUAUUAAGGUCCCUCUCUGCUUCAUCAAAAGCUCCUCGGAUUUUGAUCUGGGUUGUAAUGGCAUUCUGUGCGUCUUGGAGUCUUGUGUCCAUCCUCCUAGGACUUCUGGAGUGUCGCCCGUUGAGUUACAACUGGAACUUACAGCGUUCAGAUAGUCACUGCAUCGAUAAGAAUGCCGCGUUCUUGGCUAUCGGCAUUAUUGACGUGGUGACAAAUGCUGCUAUCCUGCUCGUUCCAUUGCCAAAGCCUGUAAAAGCAAAAAUGACACAACCAGAGAAGCUGACGAUGGUCAGUGUACUAGUCAUGGGCAUGCUUAUUGUUGCUGUCGCGGCAGUCCGGACAGUCACCAUCGCUAGAGCCGGCUUCCUCGAUAUCAAUGGCAAUGGCAAGAUGGUGCUCAUUUGGACGACAGUGGAGUGGACGCUUGCGAUCAUGGUGGCCAAUGCUUCUCUCUUCCCCUUGCUUGGCUGGCUUCCUCCCUUUCACUCUAUUGAAAGCGGUCCGUAUGAACGAUCGACAUACCAAGUUUCAUCUCACUUGCUUGGUCGAUUGCAACCACCAAAUAUGCUUGAAUACACUCGGACCUUGACAACAAAAACGACCAUCGCUGAGACGGGCUCAAUCCACUCUUCUUGGUCUAUUAUCCGAGGGUUUGGAACCAGUUGGUCGGAGGCAAUUGGGCAAGCACAGCAGCCCGACCUCUUUCUGUCACUGGAGCCAGGCGAGGUGCGAGUGCAGACGGAAUGGUCGGUAGAACGGUCUGUAGCAAAGACGGGGAGGGAAAGGGGGAAAAGCAAAAGAUAGCUGGAAUGCAAAGGAAGUUGUAGUACCACCGACUAAGCUGAGAUAUGAUUUUGUGCACUCACCUACAGGCAGGGCGGCGUAGUCGGCCGACGACCGGGGGUUUGCUUGGGCAGAAAUGACAGGCACUGUAUUCGAUACACCUGUGGGUUGUCACAGCCUUGCAUCACAUGCUCGCGAUUUAUGCUUUUCCUGAGUGUUUUUACCUUCUUUCCGCUACCUAUAGCAAGCCGGAUGGCCUUAACAAGGAUGCACGGGGCUGACCUGUCGACGGGGUCAUUAUCAAC